UGGGCGUUACAUGGUCGAAUGUUACUAUAUAAAACGGCCGAUUGGACUUAGAUCAAUCAGUUCAUCAUUCGACUUUAGUGGACAUACGAGCAUCUCAAGUCAUACUUCCAAACCACAACCAAAAAACAACGAAAAUAAUCAAAAUGAAAUUCCAAGUAUCUUUCGCUCUGCUUGCCGUCGCCAUGUGCUUCGUAUCUGCCUACGCUGCCGAACAGUCUGCAAAACAAUCGUCACAAUCGGCCGCCCCCACCGCCGCCGGAGACCGCAACAAGCGUGGCCUGUACGCUUCUCCUUACCUAACUGCCCCGUACGCUGCAUCACCCUACGUGGCCUCACCGUACGCGGCCACACCAUACGUUGCUUCGCCGUACGCAGCAUCACCGUAUGUGGCCUCGUCAUAUGUCGCUUCCCCGUACGCCGCCGCACCGUACGUUGCUUCUCAUCAUCCGUACGGCGCCGUGUCGUCUUACGCUACUUACCCGUACGUCGCCAAGACUUUCGCUUCACCGUACGCUUAUUACCCAUGAAAGAAGACAUAUUAUAACAGCGUUGGUCCAAUACCAGAGUUACCAUGACAAGAAAUGCCUAUAAUGAUAUAUACUGAAGCUAUGUAUCAACGAUCACAUGAUACACUUAACACUGCAAUGCCCGUGCAGGUUUUAUAUUUAUUAAUUAUUAUUAUUAUUAGUUAUUACGAAUAUUCAUAAAAUUGCAACGAAUAAAAUAAAAUAUUAUUAUAAUACAUA